AUGCAUUCGUUCUGGAAGUACACGCUCGCCGUCCUGCUUCUCGCGAUUUUCGCGGAUGUGAAGGCUGAGGAUGGUUAGUUUUCGGCUGUUUUCAGGUUUUUUAAGAUCUUGUGCAAGGUUCUUUGACAGUUUGUACUGACCCUAGAAAAAUUUUGAGUUUUUUUUCUGGAUGCAAAAGUCUCAACAAAUGCUCAUGAACUACAGAAAAAAUCGAUCGUUGAAAAGCUUUAUACAAAAUUAUACAAAAAACGCCAAUAGGCGUUUAGAAAAAUGGAUAAAAACUCCUUUUUUCGAAGAUAUACCAAGUAACAUGAAUAAAACAGGGAACGAAUAUUCAAAAAGACAAUUUUUCAGACACACAAUUGCAAGACCUGAGAAUGUACAUCGACUGCGCCAAGUCUUGUUUGCCGGGUCACCUGAAUGAUUUGAAGAUUUGCUUUUCAACUUGCGCGAUGAAACGACUUUUCAAGGUUUGAUCAACGCUCAAAAUAUGAACUCAAAGCUUGAAGAGCUGAAAAAAUAAGCAAAUCUUGAAAAUAAUUUUUUUUUUUUCAGCUUGCCAGAAAGAACCCACAGAACGCAAAAAGACCACAAAGGCCACGAAAAGGCCGAAAAGGCGGCAAAAAGCCAGGAGUUCCUAAAAAACCGCCGGUCGGUGGUCCGAAAGGAGCAGCUCCAGCACCUGAGGAAGAUUACAAGGAUGAUUACAAGGACGAAGAUUUACCAGCCGGCGGCGAAGAAGCCUACGAUGAACCUCAAGAAUGA